CUGCCUCCCUGCAGCGGGAGGGGGCUCCAGGCACCCAAGGCUGCAGCUCUGGGUCUCCUCCUCCCUCUCCACCCCCCACUUGUCCUGCUGGCUGGUGCACCGCAGCUGGGAGGGACCGGCACAGAGAGGAGGAGAAGCCGCGGCCGGUGGGGAGCAUCGUGCGCCCGGCCCCUCGCUGUACACUAGUCCUGCCCGCGUGGGCUGCCCCGGGAUCAGUGCGCGGCAGGACCUGCUGCGGGGUCCCAGGUAGGUGUUUGCAGGUUUGUCAACAUGGAGAAGGAGGAUAUUGUGGAGGAGAGUAAAGAUCCAGAGCUGUCUAUAGAGGUGGGAAAUGGCACUAUUCCCAUGGAUCAGAAAACUCAGGAGGUAACUGUCUUGGACUGCAAAGGUACAGAUGGAAAUGCACAAACGGAAGAAACUGCUCUGUUGCACAAUUGUGCAAGGCAACUUCAGAAACCGAUGACAGAGUCAAAGCCUCCAAGGAAACUGAGGCAAAUAUUUGCUUGUCCUCCUCAAGGCCUCCUUGCCCGAACUGUGACAAACGUUGCAACAGUAAUACUUGUCUGGGCUGUGGUCUGGUCCAUCACAGGCAGUGAGUGUCUUCCGGGUGGGAACAUAUUUGGAAUUCUGUUUCUCUUUUUUUUUGCUGUCAUUGGAGGUAAAAUUUUUGGGCUCAUUAGAAUACCAACACUGCCUCCUUUACCUCCUCUCCUCGGGAUGUUGCUUGCAGGUUUUCUCAUCCGAAAUACCCCAUUCAUCAGUGACAUAGUCCAGAUAAAUCCGAAGUGGUCUGCAGCGCUGAGAAAUAUUGCCCUUUCCAUUAUCUUGGUCCGAGCUGGGCUUGGCCUUGAUCCAAAGGCUCUGAAGAAGUUAAAGGCAGUCUGUUUAAGGCUUUCUUUCGGGCCCUGCCUCACUGAGACAUGCGCAGCUGCUGUUCUUGCCCACUUUCUGAUGCAUUUGCCAUGGCAAUGGGGAUUUAUAUUGGGUUUUGUUCUAGGUGCUGUCUCUCCUGCUGUUGUGGUCCCCUCUAUGCUGAUCUUGCAAGCAGGCGGGUAUGGUGUUGAAAAGGGUGUCCCGACCUUGCUAAUGGCUGCUGGCAGCAUUGAUGACAUUCUGGCCAUCACUGGCUUCAACACAUGCUUGGGCAUGGCCUUCUCUUCAGGUUCCACGCUUUACAAUAUCCUCCGAGGAGUCCUGGAGGUUGCAGUUGGCAUAGUAGCUGGUGGGCUUCUAGGAGUUUUUAUUCAAUAUUUCCCAAGUAAUGAUCAGGCAUCUCUUGUAUGGAAGAGAGCAUACUUUGUGUUGGGCCUGUCCAUGUUUGCUGUGUUUGGCAGCCUGUACUUUGGUUUCCCAGGAUCAGGAGGACUCUGCACACUGGUCUUGGCCUUCAUUGCAGGCAUGGGAUGGUCAAGUGAAAAGGUGGCUGUGGAAAAAAUUGUUGCAGUCGCAUGGGACAUCUUUCAACCCUUUCUCUUUGGUUUAAUUGGAGCAGAAAUAUCCGUUUUGUCUCUCAGGCCUGAAACUGUUGGGCUUUGUGUUGCCACACUGGGUAUUGCCUUAAUAGUACGAAUCACUGCCACAUUCCUGAUGGUGUCUUUUGCUGGCUUUAACUUCAAGGAGAAAAUAUUUGUCUCAUUGGCAUGGAUCCCCAAAGCCACUGUCCAGGCGGCAAUAGGUUCCCUUGCCUUAGAUACAGCCAGAGGGCAGCAGGAUGAACAGCUGGAAAAGUAUGGAAUGGAUGUUCUGACAGUGGCAUUCUUGGCAAUCCUGAUCACAGCUCCGAUUGGAGCGCUGGUUAUUGGCCUGGCAGGGCCCAGACUUCUGCAGAAGGCUCAAAUAAGCAGUGGUGAAGAGGAGGAAGGAGAAGCAGAGAUCGCUGGGCCCGCAUAGGAAAGAAACAGUGGAUAGUAUAUUGGUCUCACAGCUGCUGCUACUACUUAGUAAACACAAUGUCUGUACUGUUUGGAAGGAAACUGAAAUAGGUAACAAUCUGUUACUGGUCCUAAAACAACAGCCCCCAUGUUUUGCAAAAUAUUUUUAACUGUUGCUAGAGCCUUAUGAGGAAAGAUGAAAAGAAAUAAAUGUACAGUAUGUAGGCUGCCUAGAUGAUAACUGAUGGGAUAGGGUAAUGGUCUAUGGUUAGUUGACGAGCGUGGGUGUAAACACCACGGAAGAAGUAGUGUUCAGGGUAUAUAACUGGAAGAAAUGAGAUGAAAUUUGAACAGAAGAAAAUUUAGAGUGAACAUCAGGAAUAACUUUCUCAUGUUGAGAUUAGAGAUUGGGGAAUAGGGGGUAAGACCCCCAUCCCUGGAGCCACUUAAAGUUAGACAGGAACAUGCAUCUGACAACUGGUGGACAGUGUAUGGAACAAUCCUGCACCUAAGACGGUGAUUCUGAACCUUGUCCCAUCUGGGACCCCAAAACCUGUGUUUUCAUGCUGUGAUCCACCCAAGUCUCUUGCAGUCCUUUGUAGUUGCAGAGGAUUGUGUGAUUCAGUCAUAGCAAGAAACUGCAGGAGGGUUUGGGUGGUGAGUGGGUGCACUGGGGAUUGGGGUAGUGCUUGUGGGAGUUGCUUGCUGGAAGGCUGAGUUUGGAGCUGGUAGGGGGAAUGGCUGGGGGGUUGACUGGAGGGGUUGUUUACGGUUGGGAUGGCUACUACUAGGGAUGUUUCAUUUUCUGCUCCCUCCUGCACACACACAACUCAGGCUGGGUCUACACUACCCGCCUGAAUCGGCGGGUAGAAA